AUGGCCGACCCGUCCAAGGCGAAGAUCUGGCUGAUGACCAACGACGGCGUCAAGAUGGAAGUCGACCGCCCCGUCUGCGAGCGCUCCAUUCUCAUCAAGCACCUUCUCGAGGAUCUCGGUUCCGACAACAUUUCCGAGGCCAACCCAGUCCCCAUCAUGAACGUGAACGAGGCCGUCAUGCGCAAGGUCAUCGAGUGGUGCGAACAUCAUCGCAACGAUCCCGCCCAGGGCCCCGAUGAUGAGUCGGAUGCCCGCAAAAAGACCACGGACAUCGAGGAGUGGGAUCAAAAGUUCAUGCAGGUCGACCAGGAAAUGCUGUUCGAGAUCAUUCUCGCCUCCAACUACCUGGAUAUCAAGCCCCUUCUGGAUGUUGGCUGUAAGACCGUCGCCAACAUGAUCAAAGGCAAGUCGCCUGAGGAGAUCCGUAAGACUUUCAACAUCACCAACGACUUCACACCCGAAGAGGAGGAGCAGAUCCGCCGUGAGAAUGAAUGGGCCGAGGACCGCUAA